GGAAACUUUACCUAUGUAUAGCUAGCCUCCUGUGAUUAGCCACGUCAUGUAAAGUUAGCAGUGCAGCACUUCUGAUUUAAAAGCAGCGAGGGGGUUGCAUUGUUUUAGGGGAUAUUUGUUAAUUGUUCAAGAGGAGCUCCUGUUUCAUGGUUAUAACUCGGCAGUAAUUAUAUGGGAAGAUGUCAGACCUCGGGGACUGGUUCAGAAGCAUCCCUUUCAUCACCCGGACCUGGUUUGCUGCCUCGAUUGCUGUUCCCUUUAUUGGGAAACUGGGAUUGAUUGAUUUCAGGAAUCUCAUGCUGUUUCCAGAGCUGGUUAUAAGCAGAUUUCAUCUCUGGAGACCACUGACUGCUACCUUGUAUUUCCCAAUAACCCCUAAUACUGGGUUCCUGUACCUGGUCAAUCUCUAUUUCCUCUACCACUAUUCUAGUCGGCUAGAGACAGGGGCUUUUGAUGGCAGACCUGCAGACUACAUCUUCAUGCUCCUCUUCAACUGGAUCUGCAUUGUUAUAACCGGGAUGCUGAUGAACAUGCGGCUGCUGAUGAUCCCCCUGAUCAUGUCAGUGCUCUACGUCUGGGCUCAGUUCAACAAAGACACCAUCGUGUCCUUCUGGUUCGGAACACGGUUCAAGGCACAUUAUCUACCAUGGGUCAUCCUGGCCUUCAACUUCAUUAUCGGAGGCUCGUUCGUAAAUGAACUGACAGGGAACCUGGUGGGUCACCUGUACUUCUUCCUCAUGUUCAAAUACCCCAUGGACCUGGGGGGACGCGCCCUGCUCUCCACACCUCAAUUCUUGUAUCGGUACUUCCCCACCAGGAGGGGAGGCGUGUCGGGCUUCGGAGUCCCCCCCAGCAGACCAGCUGUCCAGGAGCCACAGGGGGGAGGAGGAGGAGGAGGCGGCGGGGGAGGAGGAGGAGUAUUAAGAGGACGUUACAACUGGGGCGAAGGCUUCCGCCUGGGGGGGGAAUGAGAGACCAUCCUUACCCCUUUUUACUCCCAGUAACAAAGCUAUGGGGUUAAAGUGCUUUUUCUCAUUCUGCCGCUUGAGGGAAAACCUUGACUUAAAAUUCAUUCAUUUACAUUCAUGUUUAGUUUUGAGGGAAUUUGAAAAGGCACACACUUUAUACCCAAGACGGCAGGACUCAGACUGUGGCCUUAAGCCCAAUUCACCACAAACAGCCAGCUCUACUCUUACUGAGGAUGUGUCCAUGUGAAGCAGAUAGAAGGCAAUAUGAAUAAAUCGUUUUUUUAAUGUGAUGAUUCUUGAUCUCCACUCCCCCUUUUCUGUCUGUCCUCCUCCUUCCACCCUGACAUUGGAGAUGUUGCAGCUGUACUCCAGCACGCUGUUGAUUUUGUGUUCCUCACCCUCUCUCCUUCCCUCCCUCCCUCCUUCCCUCCGUGAUGCAGUAUCAGAUUACAUUGUAAUUACCAACGCACUGCGAGGCUGCUCUCAGCUGAACAUGGGCAGAGCUAUUUAGAGAGCACUGUUUCUAGGUCUGAUUGUUCACGGGUGUAAAAGGUUUUUUUAAGCCUCUGUCUUAAGAUUUGAUCUCAACCAAAAUACGGUGAAGAUGGGAUUUUUUUGUAAAUAUAACAGUUGUUUAUUGAAAUGACAA